AAAAAAAAAAAAAAUCCUUUUGCGGGCUAUCAGGUUCACCAGAAAGCUGCCAGUCUCUUCCAGUAUGAAGAGGAGCAGAGUUAUGUUUACUCCUAGAUAACCGACUUUACAAAUAACCAGUGGGUGGGAUGUUGCCGGUCGGAGAUCAAAGCAUCCAGAUAAAACAUUACAGUGUCCCUGAGGUGAUAUAACUAAUGUACUGUGGAAAGAAAAUAAAGGAAACAGGAGAGUUUAAAAGCAGACAAGAAGGGAAAAAAACACCAUUGCACAGUCACCUCUUUUUUAGUCCUUUUCACUCAGUUAGGUGCUACAGUAUGAGAGUCAGCAGUACAGCAAGGAGUUUGGCCAAGUCAGCAUGGUUAGGAAGGUUCCUGUCAUGAAGGAUGGAAGCUUCAUUCUGACGGAAAGCAUUGCGAUCCUGCAGUACCUGGUGCAGAAAUACUCCUCGUCAGUGGCAGAUCACUGGUAUCCAGCUGACCUGCAGCAGCGAGCCCGUGUUAAUGAAUACCUCUCCUGGCAGCACAUGAACCUCAGGGCUCACGGGUCAAAGGUCUUCCUUCUCAGGUCUCUGUUUCGUUUCAUCAUGGGCUCUGAGGUCCCGAAGGACAAGAUGGACGACGCUGUGGCGGAUCUGCAGCAGUCGCUCAACCUGCUGGAGGGGAAAUUCCUGCAGGGCAAACUGUUCAUCGUCGGCGACAAAAUCUCUCUGGCUGAUCUGGUGGCUAUAGUUGAGAUCAUGCAGCCUUUUGGAACUGGCCUGGAUGUGUUUGAAGGCCGGCCACAGCUGAUCGCCUGGCGAGAGCGAGUGAAGAAGGAGUUGGGUGAAAAGCUUUUUGACGAAGCUCACGAGGAUAUCAUGAAGGUGAGCAACCUGCCGCAGAAGAUGCAGGAGAACAGAGACAUGGAGCUGCUCAGACCAAAAUUUCAGAAGAUUUUCAGCUGAGGAUGUUUCCGUGCACGGAGAUAAAACCCCGGUUACUCGUGUCGAAAAUGAUCCUUGCUUAGUUUAUAAUUUCAUGUUUGUAUGGCGAUUUUUAUCAGCUUAAAUCCUGUUCAGGUUUGUUAUGAAGUACUGAUAAAACAUGUAACCAGCUACCAGGUAUUAAAAGGUGUUAAAAGUGCAGCUGUGUGCCCACGUUGUGAAAAAAAAUCUUUAAUGUGUUCAUCUGAUUUAGGUGAAGACUCGUGGUUCAGCCAACAUACGUGCUGUUAAACAUACUUUGAUUUGCCAACAAAAAACUCUUAUUUUCAUGCAGUAAAUCUAUAAAUUUACAAAACGGAAACUGUGGAGCUCUGAAGUUUGCUUCUAAAACUUUCCAGCUGGAAAUAUUCACCAGGAAAAAGGAGGUGAACAGCUCAUUGUGUAUUAUUUGUUCCCGCUGACCUGUUGUUAAUGAAUGCACAUGUGUGAUCCUUUACCACAAAUUUUAAAACGAUGCAUCAACAUUAUGUAUCACAAUACAACUGUGUACAGUGUCAAACAUUUCGUCAACUUAUAAAAAACAUGUCGGGUAAAGAGAGAAAACAAGGAGAGUGAAGGUAGAAAUAAAUCGUCGCGAUCCUCAUCAUGACGUGAGAUGUGCGAUAUAUUUAAGCAGCGAGGCCGCAGCAGCAGGUCGGGUUUGCUCACAGACACUACAGCAGUACAUGCAGAUGUUGAUGGACAACAUGCACGCUGUGGUGGAAGCAGCAUUCAGAUCCAAUAUGGGUCCUUUAAGUAAAAAAUACUCCCAUCCUAAAAUACUUCAGUAC